AUGCCACCAACUGUUCAAACUAAUGAGCCGGAGCGCGAAAAGCGUCCUCAAAGAACUGGCGAGAGGAGGUCAGAGCUAGUGACGCGAGUGAAAUAUUGUAAUACACUCCCAGAUAUACCCUUCGACCUUAAGUUUAUUACAUAUCCUUUUUCAUCGACGCGGUUCAUUCAAUACAAUCCGACGUCGCUAGAGAAAAAUUACAGAUAUGAAGUAUUGACAGAACACGAUCUUGGCGUUCAUAUUGACUUAAUUAAUCGAGACAUCUACCAAGGUGAUGGUAACACACAGUUGGAUCCAGCAGAUGAGAAAUUGCUUGAAGAUGAUGUUCUUACGCCACAGGAUUCGAAGCGAUCUCGGCACCACGCUAAGAGCGUGUCUUGGUUGCGUAGGUCUGAAUAUAUAUCGACAGAACAAACUAGGUUCCAGCCGCAAUCUAUGGAGAAGGUUGAAGCUAAAGUCGGUUACAAUGUCAAGAAAAUAUUUAGUGAAGAAACAUUGUACAUGGACAGAGACAGUCAAAUUAAAGCCAUUGAAAAGACAUUUGAAGACAAUAAGAAGCCUAUUGAGAAACAUUACAGUAAACCAGGAGUUACGCCGGUGGAGGUCAUGCCUGUGUUCCCCGACUUUGAAAUGUGGAAGUACCCAUGUGCUCAGGUCAUUUUUGACUCGGAUCCAGCCCCAGCUGAUAAGAAUAUUGCUGGACAGAUUGAAGCCAUGUCUCAAGCUAUGAUCAGAGGUGUGAUGGAUGAAAGUGGUGAACAAUUUGUUGCGUACUGUCUUCCCACGGAGGAUACUAUUCAAAAGAGAAGGCGCGACAUUGCCGAGGGUAUUCCAUACAUGGACGGUGAUACAUAUGAAUACAAAAUGGCUCGAGAAUACAACUGGAAUGUUAAGAGUAAAGCCUCUAAAGGUUACGAAGAGAAUUAUUUCUUGGUUGUACGUAAUCACUGCAUAUAUUACAACGAGUUGGAGACUCGAGUACGUUUGUCAAAGCGUCGUGCAAGGGCCGGUGUUGCCGCUCAAGCACUAACCAGACUUGUUGUGACUCACAGACCACUCAGUGCCCCCGAACAUCGCAUGUUACGUUUGAGAGAGAAACAACUUGAGCCACCACAGGAAGAAGACGAAGAAGAGGAAGAAGAGGAGGAGGAGGAGGAGGAAGAAAAACAAGAACAGAAUAAAGAGAGGUCUCGGUCACGUUCCAAGUCAGGAUCAAAAUCACCUCAAGGGUCUGAAAAGUCAAAGAGUUCCUCAAGACGUUCCAAGAGCAAGUCGAGGAGUCGGUCACAAUCUCGAUCUAAGUCUAGGUCCAGGUCUAAGUCUAGAUCCAGGUCUAAGUCCAGAUCUAGGUCUAAGUCGCGGUCACGGUCUCGGUCUCGGUCUGGGUCUAGGAAGUCUAGGUCGCGAUCAGGUUCAGCUCAGUCUGGAUCAGCAAGAUCCGGUUCUGGCCGGUCCCGGUCCCGGUCCCGGUCCCGAUCUCGGUCUGGGUCCCGAGCUUCGUCCCGCGCCAGUUCCAAGAGUAAGGGGUCCCGCGCUAGCUCUGCUAGUGGAAGAUCACGAGACAGUUCUAAGGGUUCCAAUAAGGGCUCCAAGCACUCAUCAAAGGCCAGCUCCCGUGCUUCAUCACGUAGCCGAAGGUCGUCUAGAGCAUCUUCUAGAGCGUCAUCUAAGGGCUCAGGGUCCAAGGCGUCUUCUAAGGCAAGUUCGAGAAGGAAUUCUGCUUCUGGCAGUGGUUCGGAACGUUCUAGAAGUCGUUCGGCAAGCGGUUCCAAACAAGGAUCCCGCAGUGGGUCUGCAUCGAGCGCUUCUUCAAGACACAGCGGUUCCGAUUAAAUUGACUAAACAAAUGUAUGUACGCGUAUUACUGACACUAAUAAAAUAUUUGAAUUAA